UCCCUUCGUGUGAUACGUCUUACUAAACUUUUCAGUACUCAUCAGUCAUCACUAACUUGAUAAACAAAGUUAAAUCAAGAAAGGUGAUCAAUCAUCGGAAUAAUGGAAGAACUGCCAGGCUUCCGCUUUCACCCGACUGAAGAAGAGCUUCUUGAAUUUUACCUCAAAAAUAAGGUCCUCGGUAAAAAAUUGCGCUGUGAUGUAAUUGGUCUUCUCAACAUUUACAGUCAUGAUCCUUGGGACCUUCCAGGGCUGGCGACUAUUGGGGAGAGAGAAUGGUACUUUUUUGUGCCAAGAGAUAGAAAACAUAGCAGUGGAGGGAGGCCAAACAGGACUACACAAAAGGGAUUUUGGAAGGCAACUGGUUCCGAUAAAAAGAUUUUUGGUUCAUCACAUCCAAAGAAUUUAAUUGGCCUCAAGAAGACACUAGUUUUCUAUACUGGCAGAGCACCUCGAGGCUCUAAGACAGAUUGGGUCAUGAAUGAGUUUCGCUUGCCUGAUACUCUCUCAUCACCUCAGGACAUAGUGUUGUGCAAAAUAUACAGAAAAGCAACCUCUUUGAAGGUGUUAGAGCAGAGAGCUGCAAUUGAAGAGGAAAUGAAGACCACAAAACACGUACAUGGCUCUCCUAGUUCGAUAAGCCAUCCCCUGGACGCCAUGUCAUUUUGCAAUGAACAUCAUGAACUAAUGGCGGCGCCAAUAACUGAUCAGAGCCCCAAAUUCCUUAUGUCAAUCGCCAAGGAUGAAGUAGAAGACGAUAUCUUAUCAAUUACUGAGAACAACCAGUACCAAGUUUCAGUAAUGCCAAAAUUACUGAAUGGUAAAGAUAACCUGGCUGAUUUGCAAGUCCCCAAAUUCAGCAUGGACUUUAGUCAAGACCCUGUUUGGAUGCAGCUGCGUAGUCCUUGGCUUGACAAUUUUAGUCUGACACCUUCAGCCUUUGUGCAUAACUUUUAGGCAAAUCAGUCAGUAAUUAGUUCUUAAUCUUGUCUCAGGAAUAUUCUUAGACCAAUCUCCCACUUCCCUAGGAUUUUUUCAAGAAUAAUAGUGCUAUGCUCACUGCCAACACCUAACCAGCUGACCACCUAAGAGGUGUUCAUAGUAUCCUUAAUGGUCCCAAAGUAGUAUAGCAACUGCCUUGCUUUUUUUUUUUUUUUUUCCUCUUUACCUUUUUUUCCCAAGAAGUGGUUUGAUGUCUUGGCUGAUAACUCUGUGUAUCGACAAAUGUGUUUAUGUUUGGAUUGGACAAAGUGUCCAUUUGUAACAGAAACUCGAGCGUUAAUGUAAAUUUUCAAAUGGUAAAUUCUAAUUUGUAAA